UCCUAGGAUCUCAAACACGACACACCAGUUUUGCUGUCUCUGUCCAGAUGUUUGAGAAGUGGAGCAAGGGAUUCAAUCGACUAUCCUUCCUGCUCAGACUGUGGGGAGGGAUUCACUUGGUCAUCUGACCGACUGGCAUGCCCGUCAUUUUACACAGGGGAAAGGCCGUUCACCUGCUCAGACAGUGGGAGUGGAUUUACUCGGUCAUCACAACUGGAGGUACAUCAGCAAGUUCACACUGGACAAGGCCAUUCAUCUGAUCUGUGUGUGAGAAGGGAUUCAGUCAGUCUUCCCACCUGUGGACACACCAGGCAAUUCACACUGGACAGAGGCUGGUCAUCUGCUGAAUUUGUGGGGAAGGAUUCACUCGGUUAUCUGACCUAAUGGCUCACCAGCGAGUUCACACUGGGGAGAAACCAUUCACCUGCUCAGUCUGUGGGAAGAGAUUCACUCAGUCAUCCAACCUACAGAGUCAUCAGCGAGUUCACACUGGGGAGAAGCCAUUCACCUGCUCAGAAUGUGGGAAGGGAUUCACUCAGUUAUCCAGCCUACAGAGUCACCAGCGAGUUCACACUGGAGAGAAGCCAUUCACCUGCUCAGUCUGCGGGAAGAGAUUCACUCAGUCAUCUAUCCUAUACAAUCAUCAGCGAGUUCACACUGGGGAGAAGCCAUUCACCUGCUUAGAAUGUGGGAAAAGAUUCAGUCAGUCAUCCAAGCUGCUGGCACACCAGUCAGUUCACAGUGGGGAGUGGCCGUUCACCUGCUCAGACUGUGGGAAGAGAUUCACUCAGUCAUCUCACCUACAGAGUCAUCAGCGAGUUCACACUGGGGAGAAGCCAUUCACCUGCUCAGAAUGUGGGAAGGGAUUCACUCAGUUAUCCAGCCUACAGAGUCAUCAGCGAGUUCACACUGGGGAGAAGCCGUUCACCUGCUCAGUCUGUGGGAAGAGUUUCACUCAGUCAUCCACCCUACAGAAUCAUCAGCGAAUUCACAAUGGGGAGAAGCCGUUCACCUGCUCAGAAUGUGGGAAAGGAUUCAGUCAGUCAUCCAAACUGCUGGUACACCAGUCAGUUCACAGUGGGGAGUGGCCAUUCACAUGCUCAGAAUGUGGGAAGGGAUUCACUUGGUCAUCUAAACUAAUGGCUCACCAGCGAGUUCACACUGGAGAGAUGCUGUUCACCUGCUCAAUCUGUGGGAAGAGAUUCAUUCAUUCAUCCACCCUACAGAGUCAUCAGCGAGUUCACACUGGGGAGAAGCCGUUCACCUGCUCAGUCUGUGGGAAGAGAUUCACUCAGUCAUCCACCCUACAGAAUCAUCAGCGAGUUCACACUGGGGAGAAGCCAUUCACCUGCUCAGUCUGUGGGAUGAGAUUCACUCAGUCAUCCAACCUGCAGAGUCAUCAGCGAGUUCACACUGGGGAGAAGCCGUUCACCUGUUCAGUUUGUGGGAAGAGAUUCACUCAGUCAUCCAACCUACAGAGACACCAGCAAGUUCACACUGGGGAGAAGCUGUUCACCUGCUCAGAAUGUGGAAAAGGAUUCACUCAGUCAUCCCAACUACUGGCACACCAGUCAGUUCACAUUGGGGAGUGGCCGUUGUGGGAAAGGCCGUUCCCCUACUCAGACAAUGGGAAUGGAUUCACUCGGUUAUCUCAAUUGAAGGGAUUCACUGAGUCAUCUAACCUAAUGGCUCACCAGCGAGUUCACACUGGGGAGAAGCCGUUCAGCUGCUCAGACUGUGGGAAGAGAUUCACUCACUCUUCCGCCCUACUGGUACACCAGCGAGUUCACACUGGGGAGAAGCCGUUCAGCUGCUCAGAAUGUGGGAAGGGAUUCACUCAGUCGUCCCACCUACAGAAUCAUCAGCGACUUCACACUGGGGAGAAGCUGUUCACCUGCUCAGAAUGUGGGAAGAGAUUCACUCGGUUAUUCCACCUACAGAAUCAUCAGCGAGUUCACACUGGGGAGAAGCCGUUCACCUGCUCAGAAUGUGGGAAGGAAUUCACUCAGUCGUCCCACCUACAGAGUCAUCAGCGAGUUCACACUGGGGAGAAGCCGUUCACCUGCUCAGAAUGUGGGAAGACAUUCACUCAUUCAUCCAACCUACAGAGUCAUCAGCGAGUUCACACUGGGGAGAAGCCGUUCACCUGCUCAGAAUGUGGGAAGAGAUUCACUCGGUCAUCCCACUUGCAGAGUCAUCAGCGAGUUCACACUGGAGAGAAGCCGUUCAUCUGCUCAGAAUGUGGGAAGGGAUUCACUCAGUCAUCCCACCUACAGAAUCAUCAGCGACUUCACACCGGGGAGAAGAUGUUUACCUGCUCAGAAUGUGGGAAGGGAUUCGCUCAGUUAUCCAACCUACAGAGUCAUCAGCGAGUUCACACUGGGGAUAAGCCGUUCACCUGCUCAGUCUGUGGGAAGAGAUUCACUCACUCUUCCAGCCUACUGGUACAUCAGCGAGUUCACACUGGGGAGAAGCCGUUCACCUGCUCAGUUUGUCCGAAGAGAUUCAGUCGGUCAACCCACCUACAAAGUCAUCAGCGAGUUCACACUGGGGAGAAGCCGUUCACCUGCUCAGAAUGUGGGAAGAGAUUCUCUGAGUCAUCCCACCUAAAGAGUCAUCAGCGAGUUCACACUAGGGAGAAGCCAUUCACCUGCUCAGAAUGUGGGAAGAGAUUCACUCAGUUAUCCAACCUACAGAGUCAUCAGCGAGCUCACACUGGGGAGAAGCCGUUCACCUGCUCAGUCUGUGGGAAGGGAUUCACUCGGUUAUCCGACCUACAGAGUCAUCAACGAGAUCAGACUGGAGAGAAGCCGUUCAUCUGCUCAGUCUGUGGGAAGAGAUUCACUCGGUCAUCCGAUCUACAGAGUCAUCAGCGAGUUCACACUGGGGAGAAGCCAUUCACCUGUUCAGUCUGUGGGAAGGGAUUCACUCAGUCAUCCAACCUACAGAGUCAUCAGCGAGUUCACACUGGAGAGAAGCCAUUCACCUGCUCAGUCUGUGAGAAGAGAUUCACUCACUCUUCCGCCCUACUGGUUCAUCAGCGAGUUCACACCGGGGAGAAGCCGUUUACCUGCUCAGAAUGUGGGAAGAGAUUCACUCGAUCAUCAACCCUACAGAGUCAUCAGCGAGUUCACACCAGGGAGAAGCCGUUUACCUGCUCAGAAUGUGGGAGGAGAUUCACUCGAUCAUCCACCCUACAGAGUCAUCAGCGAGUUCACACUGGGGAGAAGCCAUUCAGCUGCUCAGAAUGUGGGAAGGGAUUCGCUCAGUUAUCCAACCUGCAGAGUCAUCAGCGAGUUCACACUGGGGAGAAGCCAUUCACCUGCAAAGAAUGUGGGAAGGAAUUCACUCAGUCAUCCCAACUAUUGGCACACCAGUCAGUUCACAAUGGGGAGUGACCGUUGUUAUGAAUCCCUAGGUAUCAUUUGCUGUGGGCUGUCAUUCUAAGAGAGGGAGAGAUUAAGGUGAAUCAGUCUGACUUGCAUCUCGUUUACAUCGCUCACAGCUUGUUUAGUUUUAACCGAGGACACAGACACUCAGUCAGGUGGAGAUGAAGGAGGAAACAUGCAAGGAUCGAAACAAGGGAACUAGUGGCCAUGGGUCACUGUUUAGAACUUUCCUCUGCCCACAAGGGUGGGUUAAUUAUUGAUUCAGCGAACAUCGAAUGUGUGGUUGUCAUCUCGUUUGAUCCAUAGGAGUGGAUCUGAUUUGGGGUAUCCUGUGAAGACCACUUAUGUGUUAACCCUUGCCUGGGUGUGGUGUGGUAAUUCACUUGAAGACGAUACCCCUUGUGACAAGUCACUUUCGGUGAUAAUUCCUAUGUGGAUUUGGAACGACGACAGAUAAAUUCUACAGUGACUGUUCUCUCGUUUUACCACCAUGGAUACUGUGGAAUUUGACAUAAUUGCCUUCUCUCAACAUUUACCCUGGAUUACAAAUAUCUCUCUCUCAUCACCUAUUCUGUGGAUGAACUGAACUUUCAUACUUUACCAUCUCAAGACUCCAAGCCUUGUUUCCCCCGAGCUCAGUAGGCUGGGAGUUAUAUUUACACACAUAUAUACACAUACCUCUGUUAACUAUUGUUUAUCUUGCUUAAGUUACUAUAUUAUAAGCAGAUACUAAUAAAGAUAGUGGUUUUAACAUCAA